ACCCUAUUGCUUUUAGCCUUCUGGCUUUAUAUCUAUGUAUACACAGGUAUAUGUGUAUAUGUUAUAAUACUGUUCUCCAUUUGUUGAUAUCAAAGAGAGUUGAAGGAAAUGAAUUUUGAAACUUCACGGUGUGCCACCCUACAGUACUGUCCCGACCCUUACAUCCAGCGGUUCGUAGAAACCCCAGCCCAUUUCUCUUGGAAAGAAAGUUAUUACCGAUCCACUAUGUCCCAGAGCACACAGACAAGUGAAUUCCUCAGUCCAGAGGUUUUCCAGCACAUCUGGGAUUUUCUGGAACAGCCCAUCUGUUCAGUUCAGCCCAUUGACUUGAACUUUGUGGAUGAACCAUCAGAAAAUGGUGCAACAAACAAGAUCGAGAUUAGCAUGGACUGCAUUCGCAUGCAGGACUCAGACCUCAGUGACCCCAUGUGGUCCCCAGAUAAUCCCGUCCUGCAGCCUUGGUGGUGUAAUGAAUUCGUCUUGCACGAGUCUGCUGCUUCUGGAGGGCUAAGCGGGGGAUCAAAUCCUCCCUUUGUAGUGAGACAAGCUGCCGGAGAAGUGAUUGAUAUUGCAGACAGAAGUCUAAGUCCUUAUAUCAUAAAUCUUUCAGACAGCUUCAAGCCAUUAUGUCUCCAAGAAACCAUUGUGAAGUGA